AUGGAGGAAAAACGCCCUCCAUCCGCCGCCGAUGCACCGGCAUCAGAACCCGUAACAUCUCGCCGCCGUGCCGGAGGAAACAAGCGAAAAUCCGGUUCUCUCAACGCCUCCAAUUCCUCUUCCACACCUUCCAAACGCAUUACUCGCGAGAAAGCCUCGCCUCUUCAUCAUCUUCCUCUCCAUAAUGGACCUUUAACUAGGGCUCGCCAAAUCCCUAACAAUUUCUCCGCCGCGUCUACUUCGACCAUCGCCGGUUCCGCUUCUGCCCCCGCCGCGGUGAAACAUGCUCCACAGACACAGGCUUCGGCUGCGGCGGCAGAACAACUCAAGAAGGAGAGGGAGUGGGAGUCUCUGGAAGCUUCGAUUGAAGCUGAAUUCAAAGCAAUUAGAUCUCGUGAUACUAACGCCCAUGUCGUUCCUACUCAUUGUGGUUGGUUUUCAUGGUUGAAUAUCCAUCCAAUUGAGAAACGUAUGGUGCCUUCUUUCUUUAAUGAAAAAAAUGAAAGUCGAACUCCCGAUAAAUACAUGGAGAUACGGAAUUGGAUAAUGAAGAAAUUUCAUUCAAAUCCAAACAUACAAAUUGAAUUGAAUGAUUUAUCGGAGCUUGAUAUUGGGGACUUAGAUGCUAGGCAAGAGGUACUGGAAUUUCUAGACUACUGGGGUUUAAUUAACUUCCACCCAUUUCCUUCAACGGAGUCUGCUGUGGCUAAAACCAGCGAUGAUGGGGAAGCAGAAAAGAAUUCCUUGCUUGAAAAAUUCUAUCACUUUGAAACUCUCCAAUUAUGUCCACCUACUGCUCAAAAGACUGGCCCAACGAUUCCUGCUAUGACCUCUGGUUUGUUUCCAGAGUCAACAAUCGCUGAAGAGUUGGUGAAACAAGAGGGCCCGGCAGUUGAGAUGCUUGAGUACCAUUGCAACUCUUGUUCUGGUGAUUGUUCUCGCAAACGAUACCACUGCCAGAAGCAGGCAGAUUUUGAUCUCUGCGCGGACUGCUUCAAUAACAGAAAAUUUGGCUCCGGCAUGUCUUCGUUGGAUUUUAUACUCAUGGAACCAGCUGAAGCUGCUGGGGUUAGUAGUGGAAAGUGGACUGAUCAGGAGACACUUCUGCUCCUUGAAGCAUUGGAACUUUAUAAAGAAAAUUGGAAUGAAAUUGCAGAACAUGUUGGAACAAAAUCAAAAGCUCAGUGCAUAUUGCAUUUUGUUCAAAUGCCAAUUGAGGAUAGCUUUGUUGACUGUGAUGAAGAUGUUGAUGCUGGUUGCAAAGAAAUGGCAGAUCCAGCUGCAACAAACAACAAUUUGUCUGUAGAUGAAGAUAAAGAUAAAGAUGCUUCAGAAGUUAUUGAGAACGACACUAACAUUAAAGGCCUUGAUGAGACUUCUCAGGCUGAAGAUGUUAAAGUGAAAGAUAAUCAAGAGGAGACUCCAAAGUUGCAAGAUGGUAGUGAUGAGAAAACUAGUGAGGGAACUUCUAAAUUAGAAGAUGACAUUAAAGUAAAGUUGGAUGAGGAAGUAGAUAAUGACUGUGUUUUAAAUGCUCUUAAGGAAACGUUUGCAGCUGUUGGUUAUUCUCUUGAACCUGAAGGCCCGUCUUCAUUUGCCGAAGUGGGUAAUCCUGUCAUGGCAUUGGCAGUUUUCCUUGCGCAGUUGGUGAGUUCUGAUGUGGCUGUUGCUUCAGCUCAUAACUACAUAAAAUCCUUGUCUGGAAAUGCUCCUGGCACUGAGAUUGCUUCAAGGUGUUGCUUUCUUCUAGAAGAUCCACCAGAUGAUAAGAAAGAAACAACUACCUCUGAGAGGGAUUUUAAAAGUGAGGGAGAUCAGUCUGACAAAAUUGUACAACAGGAUACAGCAAUGUUAGAUGAUAAAGAUUUAGAAAACGAUCACCAGAAUAUGAAAAUUGCAAGUGAUGCUUCAGAAGACAAGAUACACCUGGCUUCUACAGAUGAUGGACUCUCAGAAAAGUCAACUUCAAAGGAGCAAGCAAUGAUUAAUCAUGAGAGUGGGCUUGACAAUUGUGAUGAUCCCAGCAUUUCAAAGGCACCCGAAGAUCAGGCUCAGGAUACUCUGCAUGAUUCAGAUGGUUCAACAUCCAAAGCUAAAAUUCCACCUAGUUCUGAGGAGGUUCAAGAGGGAACUUCAAAUGAAGAACCUUGCCAUCCUAUAGAGCUAAAAAAAGAAGGAAGUGUGUCUGAUUCUCAUCCAUCUGAAAAGAAUGAAGUUCAACAGUCAAAUGAACCCAGUUUACCAGUUGAGCUACCUAAGCCAGUAGAGACACCAAAAUAUGAUGAAAUAGUGUCUGAUUCUGUGCUCUCAGAUGACAGCAAGCCUCAGAAACAACUAUCUACCAAUGCAGUCUCGGAGUCUCAUAAAACUACAGAUUCUGCAAUGGAUGUUGAUGUAGUUUCUAAUUCAUUGCCAGCAAAGAUCGACUCCCAGCCAGUAAUAUCUUCCCAAGAUAAUGGGACACAAAAGGAUGUAGAGAUGAUGCCACCUUCACUUCCAAUUAGUUUGGGUGCUGAAAAUGGUGCAAGUACAGGGGCAGUUGAAGAUCAUGCAGGAAAUGUUAUGGAAGUGAAAAAUGAUGGCACAAAGACUAAACAGGAUAGCAGCUUUGAGAAGUUGAAACGCGCAGCUGUUUCUACACUAGCGGCAGCAGCAGUGAAGGCAAAACUUCUAGCAAAUCAAGAAGAAGAUCAAAUCCGACAACUGACUUCAUCAUUGAUAGAAAAGCAGUUGCAUAAGUUGGAAACGAAGUUGGCUUUUUUCAAUGAUAUGGAAAAUGUGGUGAUGAGAGUAAAGGAGCAUUUAGAGCAGUCGCGGCAUAAGCUUUACCAUGAGCGUGCUAUGAUAAUUGCAUCUCGCCUUGGUAUACAGGCUUCAUCAUCCAGAGGUGUACCACCAUCCAUACUAACCAAUAGAAUUCCUACGAAUUUUGCAAACUCCCUCCCAAGACCACAAAUCGUCAUGAAUCCUCAAGGGCCACAGAUUUCUAGACCUGGGAGCACUGCAGCUACUACGCAUCCAAACCCAUUAAUGUCUGCAACUGCAGCAGGAAAUUCAGUUCGGGCAUCCAGCCAGGAAAACCUUUCUUCUGUUGGGACAAAAUAA